AUGAAGCUGGCAAGAGGUGUUCCAUAUGAACCUCAUAAGCUUUCACAAGGAGCUGAUCAAAAGAAACAGUUUGUUCUCCUUCAAAAACUCCCGGAUGUCAUCUACGCGCCUUCCACUGUCGUUAAUCAUAACGGAAUAAAUAUGGAGGGCAAGUUUUCUUCUUACAAGUCGAAAGUUCCUCGUUUUCCAACCGACACAACACAACGCUGCGUUUUACGUAUUAGGUAAGUGGUAUGUUAGUCGGUUUCAAUACUGACGUGUACUGACAACUUUGCGCAUACACUGAGACCAAAUAUAUAAUGGAAAUAUACCUAUCAUGCGGGCAAGCAAUGAGAGAGAGUUAACCAGAAUAGUAUUUGAUCUAGCCGUUUAAUACAGUUUUGUACUUUAUCAUGUAACUUGAUAGAUACAACAUAACCAGUGAUGAUGUUCCCCGCGAGUUCAACGCCAAUGCACAAAGCUAUCGGAACAUUGGCACUGAACAUAAGUGUUGAACAGCAAAGCUCACUACUACUGUUGGUAGACAACUGUCCAAAAAAAUCAGGAAGUUUUAUUAAUGGCAAAUUUCGACCAUGAGUUUGGUAUUUACCAUUUGCUUUGGUCCUGACUUCACUUUUUCAGUUUUUGUUGGAUAACACUAUCCACCGGAUAAACCACUAUUCGUUCUUAGGGAAACCAAUUGCGUUAUCCACUGGAUAGUGAUUUAUUUAAUAGAUAGCACUAUCCACUUGUAGAAUACCUGGGGCCGAUCAGUUGCCAUACAGUUCCCCAAUCCCAGUCUAAGUAAAGCCUUUGGGAGUCCUCUCGUAGAGACUAGUGGUAAAUCUCGCGGAAACUAAAUUUGUCCACUAUCUCCCCCAACCGAAAUUUGCUCCCUACUCUUUACCGAACAACUCUUUCGGAAACAUUAAGAUUUUUUUUUGUUUUUGUGCUUUUGUAGAGUUAAGAAUAACCCGAAAACCAAGGCUGUUGAUGGUAAAACGGAUCUUCAGCUUGCCUUAAAUACCGCCCAGGUUGGACGAACAUUCCAGGACAGAAGUCACGUGAUCAUUCUAAAACCAUGCAGUCUUCUUCCUGCCAAAUACCAACAUUCCAAUAUAUAUUACAUUGGAGGGAUGGGUAAAAGAGGAAACAUUGUACAGCACGGGACGAAAAAUUGGAUUUACUGCACUUUUGACACCAGUCAAAAGUUAAGUCAAAUAUGGUAUUGGUUUUGACUUCACCUUUGACGCGCGUCAAAGAUGUCGCCAAAUAUAUAAGCUCUUUGCUUACUCCUUUGACCUCGGUAAGGGUGAAGUCAAAUUGGUAACAACUUUGACUUCUCCUUUGACGCGCGUCAAAGAUGAAGUCAAAUGAAUCAAUUCUUUGCUAUUCCUUUAACCCUGAUCAAAGUCGUUGUCAAAUAUGCUGGUAACUUUGACUUUACCUUUGACGCACGUCAAAGAUGAGGUCAAAAGUGUAGUGGCUGUGACCAUACCUUUGAUACUAGUCAAAAAUGAAGUCAAAUACGACCGCUACACUUUUACAACACUCUUGAAUGGUGCUGAAAGGUGAGAGCAAAUAUGCAAUGAAUUACGUCUACAAACACUUAUGUCGAAACUGAUAUUGAGAAAGGAAAUUAAAAAGCUGUAUUUGAAUACUGUUUUAAAGAUAUUUAUACGACAAUACCGAACACGGUCGGGUAAUCAUUGUAAUUGCUGUUUUAUAAUUAUAUUUGAAAAUGUUCUAGAAUAUGAACUUUUUCGAAGUGAUUUUUUUUGUCUUAUCUUGAGUGGAUCAUUUUCUCCUUGAUCGAUCAAUAUACCAUGUAAUGACAGCGACGCAAAACAAUGACUCAACGAUUGGACGAUGGAAGACUGAACCCAAUCAAGACACCCUGUUUUUGGCGCGAAAUUGUCGCGGCUGCAAACUCUCUCCGCCCGCGCAAACAAACAAACUACGCAGAUCUGAAGAAAACAAAAGCUGCUUUUUUGUACGAAGCAGUCCAGCUUUUGUUAACAAAUAUUUUCACCCUUCUCUUUGAUAGAGUUUAGACCACAAACUUGUUCAAAAGGUACGUGUCAUUCUUUUCUAUGUGUUCAUGCAAUAGUUUGUUCUUCAAACUUCAUAGUUGUGUUACUGUGUUAAGCUUACGGAAACCAACUCCGAACAGGCGUGUAUGUCGUGCUUGGGAGCUUUUCUGAUUGUUAAAUCUGGUUCAGUAAACUAUAAAAAAUUUUUCUAUAUUACAGUAGAGUUUACAUUAGAUCAAGCCCUUUUUUCUUAAUAGGGUUAUUGCAUUUCUGCAAAAGUAAUAGCUGGCUUAUAUUUCACAAUGCAAUUCAAGUCAAAACUCCAUGCGAGAACCUACUAACAUCAAGAUUAUAAACCAACUCUGGUUUUUCUAACAGUUAUACUUAACUACGAAAACUACUUCAGGGUAAUGAAAUGAUAUAAGACUUACAUAUAUUUUUUUUCAUGGACAGUGUACUUCAAUAAAAAUAUCUGCACCAGACUUUGAUGGGCAUAUUACUGAAGAAAGUACAUAAGCUUAUUUGAACAGGAUUCAGUGCAGUUUAUCAAAGAAAGAAGUGUGUUAUUUGAAGACUUCGGAUGUUUUACAGACGUGAGUAUCUCUUUCUAUUGAUUUUUUUGGGUUCUAUACGUAAUGGGGCUCAGGCUACAUAAUUUUUAAAAUAUUCCAUUGAUUUUUGUGCCACCACAGUGGCAGCUAGAUAUGUUUCAACAUUUAAUAAUAAUCAUUCAAACAUACCGAGCUGUCCCUUCUUUAUUGUGACUGGACAAUAACUUUAAAAAUAGCCUGCGUAGCAAGCUUUCCCCCGCGAGUUUUCUGCAAGAGACUAAGUUCGUAGAGGGCAAAAAAAGAGGAAGGAGGGGCCAGGAGGGGCUAACUCGCGCAAUAACUCUAUUGGAAACGUUUGUUAUGCAGGCUAGGUACAAUAUAAAGUGUUUCUUUAGUUUAAUUUUAAGCUUUGGGCAUGGAGGGAAAUUUUCAUUGAAUUUUCCUGGACUUAAUUAAGUGAUAAUAAGGCUCGAUUCAAACGUCAAAUUUCACAAAUGACGAACUUAAUGACAAUGCAUGUACACGAAAUGUAAUGUUCCCAUUCAAAAGUAUUAGGUUCGCUACACAUUUUUAGCUGGGUCUUUAAGUUUUGAUAAAGGUAAAGAGAAAGGGGAAUUUUCUGCAGGAAAAGAGCGAUAGUAAAAAGGGAGUGGGGCCGAAAAAUUUAUUUGAAACACUACGACAGAAGUUUUUAUCUCAAAUUGCUAUAUUCUUUUACAAUUAUUUCACAGAUAAAAGAAACAAGGCAAAGUGAUAAGUCUCCAGUGGAAAGAAACACACAACAGAGGAAGAUUGAAGUUAGAUACAUGGCGUGUGUCUUUCACUUACAUCAAGAAUCAAAAGCACUCUAGAAUGAAAAUCUUUGCAAAGAUAACAUCAAGACAGAUGGGCUCCUGAUCAAGAACAUUUCUUACUUACCAUGAUUUUUGUACUGGCUUGCGUGAAAGAAGUGUUUUAAACUAUUUUGCAGGUUGCCGUCCGUGACAACAGUGUGUAUCUGGAACAUUUAUAGUGCUUCAAAAAUUUGCGGCAGUCAUUAUGAUUGUCCAUUGACAGACUGCAAUGAGUACUUUAGACAAUAAAUCGUGAAAAGGUUUUAAAAAAUCAUUUUUAUGCGUUUAAGUUUUAAUCGGAAUUAUUCAGCUUUCUAAUCAUCUAAUGAGGUUUUAGGACAAUAAAGUACAAGAUUAAGAACUCAGUCUCUUAUCUGUCCACCUUUUUAAACGGUAUCCAGGUCGCAAUUGAAUUUGAUUGAAAUCUCAAGUUGGAUUCUAGCCUGUAUAUCAAGCGCUUAUGACUAGCGAGGCAAUAACGCGGCAUUCGCGCGAAGCGUGAGGCGAGGGGAGGAAAAAACAUAUUUGGCAACACCUUUAUUAAACCUUUGACUUAAAUCUCAGACGCAUUUGACGACAACUUUGUCACACAUUUGACCUGAGGCUCAGACACAUUUGACGACACUUUUCACAAGCCUUUGACUUUAAUCACAGACAUAACUUUACCGCGCUUUUGUCACACCUUUGGCCUGAAUCUCAGACAUAUUUGACGACGCCUUUGAUAGGGGUACAAAUGCUAAUGAAAUAUACCUUUGACGCGCGUCAAAGGUAGGGGUUAAAGGCGUGACAAAAACGGCCUGUAUCGCCUGAAGACUCGCCUUUGACCGCGAGCAAAGGUAAACAUUUGUCGCGCGUCAAAGUUGUACAAAGGUGUGCAAAGGUGGCCUUUAUCGCCCGUUUGACUUCACCUUUGACGUUCGGUAAAUCCGUUUUUUCGUCCCGUGCAGGUUUACCCCGCCAUGGAAUAUCGCUUCACUCCUGAACGCAUUUCAUUAACUACCAAAGAUAUUAUCUGCUUCGUAUGGUCGGGUGAGUUUGGAGAUAUUCAAGAAUUCUUUUAGUGUUAGGUUUUUGUGGUUAGCCGUAUCUGAUCUCUUAAGACAAAGGUGUGCAUUCAUGAGAAUUUAGUCUUUCUUGCAGAGCUUGAGUUGACGAAGGUCUUUCAAUAGACGGUACAGCGUUCGACCCUAUUUUUUUGAACAUCAAUCGAAGAAGCUUGAAGAGCUAGUAGCAUUAUAUAUUGCCACAAUUGUAAGAUCGUACGUUCAGUCCAGAAAUCACAUGAAGCAAACAAACACGUUCUUAAAUUACACAAUCAGCAUCCAAUCUCUCAUUUUCAUUAUAUUUCUUUGUAUAGGUUCAAACAACAAUCCAAACAAUCGUGAUGGACAACGAAGAGCACGUAAGUUAAAUGUUUCUAUUAAAAAUCAACUCUAGCUAAUUUUGCGACUUCGCAUUUGUUUUAGUAUUUGAGCUCUGUAGGUAAAUGAUGUGACACCUAUGGUCAAACAACAAAAUAAUGUACUCUCUUUAGAACAAGAAACUAUAGAGCGUUUUUACUUCACGUCACGGAGGCCAUGUUGGUGUACCAAGACAAUCCUGUGGGAGUUGAACUCUUUUCUUAUGUAAAAACUUUCUUUUGUUGUAGUAAAUUAGCAUAGAUGCUGGCCACGUGAGUGAAAACGCUCUAUAUAUUCAUGGGUCACAUCCUGUGGGACCCAGGCUACUUAGCUAUUGGUCCCAUGGCUCACAUGGAUGUGGUACAAAGCAGGACGAUUUAAAAAAUGACCUGCAACACUGGCCUAGUGCUAGUGCCAAAACCAAGCCGAAAAUUUAAAUUGCACCAACAGAACUGUUUCUGAAAACGAUGAAAAUUAUGCUCAUAAAAAUGAUUGAUAACGCCAAAACUCUUGUUUGCACAUGGAGCUGCUGACAACAAGAAUGAAGACGAUAUAUUGUUAUGUACUUCAUUUGGCUUUGUCUCCAAAUUUGACGAACAGUUUUGUUUGCACUUCAGGCACAGAUCACACUAACGUAUGUUGGGUACAGGAAGGAUGCAGUUCUCUCAAACCCAAAGCUUGCUCCAGCUUGCCUCUUGAUGUUGUUGAUCACGUGGACCGCGAAUUUGACGCCAAAAAGUCGAACCUUCACCUCAACACAGGUUGUUACACUGGUGACAAACUGCAGGCUCAGCUUGAUAACGCGCCAGCCUCCUGUAAUCCGCCAUGUUUCCGCAUCACAAAGCCUGGGGAGUACUGUUAUAUGAGCACGCGCAAUAACAACUUUUCCAACCGACGUCACAGGGACAGAUUACAGUCACCCAUGCCGCAUUAUCUUCGUAAUAAAACUCUAAUUUAUUAUUGCCCUCUUAAUGCACAUGGUUUCGAAUACUUAUUUGUUGUGAACGUUCUGAUUACUACAAAAAGAUGUCCAAUUUGUUGCCUUGAACUGAGCUACAAGAGCUGUAUCUGACAGCUAUAACUGAAGGACUAACUAUCGCCACUUUUUAACAAAUAGUUCCGGGCGAAUAUGGUCGGGAAUGAUUAUAAUGUAAGAAUUACAGACUAUAACUAUCUGGCAUAUUCAAUAAAAGUACCUGAAUUGCAAUUGAAUGCUUUAAUGCUCCUACUUGUACAAACGAUAUAUUUACUAAGAAUUCAGUCGUGAAACAAUUAUCCUUCUAAGCUCUAGUUGACUUUUAGGAGUAGAGGAAAGAAGGUCAAAAAAUAUAUCGAAUCCCACCGAGUUUUUUGAUGGCGGUUGUGUCAAUUUUAAGCUUUUAAAAAUGGUCCAUAAUUCUCUAUGCCCUCUUCAAAAAGAGUUUCUGUUUGAAAACAUUCAUCAUCAUCGGUCGGCGGCAGAGCAGGCGACUACGAGCUUCCUCCAGCCACAACGAUCCUGUGCCAAUUCAGACAGCUUGCCCGGGCCAAUCAUGUUGUCUGUGUCUCCCAAAAGGUGUUGAAUGUAUCUGAGAAACAGCGUUCGUUGCCUUCCUGGUUUUCUCUUCCCAUGUGGUGGAAACAUAAACAUUGCUGGGAACAUAAACAAAUGAAAGGGACUUUAAGGUUUACGAUAUCUUUUAAAACAGUUGGUCAUGAAUAUUUAACACUUAUUAUAAUUAUUACAAAAACGGAAUAUAUUUAUAACCGACUGAAAACCAUCGAAUACUGCAAAGAGAACUGCUGUUAAAGUAAUUUUUUUGUGAGGGCUUUUACAAUGAUGUGUUAGUAUUCAUUUGGUUUGUCCUAAAAAGAGCAAAAUGUUUUCUAGCAUCGAUCAUUUUCAUCAGUACCUUAGCUUCUUAAUAAAAUUCAACGCCCAUCAAUAAAAAAAGCUCAAAUACAAUAUAAAUUCGCUGACACAGAAAGGAUCUCUUGUAGUAAACGUUAACAUAUGAGUAAGUGAAACUGACUCAUUACGCUGAACUUGAAUAAGACGUGAUAAAUUGCGUAGGAGCGUUUUUAAAUGCGGAAAAUUAAACGUUUUGGCCAAAAAUAGACAAACAAAAAUAGUGAUAAUAGUGAUAAUACGGGAUACUUGUCUCAGGAUUGCGGAAAAUUGUUCAGGCUUAUAAAUCUUCUGACCGGUAAGGAGAGUAUCCAAAAGAAUGUUUAUUAAAUAACCGCAGAGAGUUGUUGUUUUUCAUUAACCGGAGUCUUAACAAAAGAACAUGUUUAUAAAAUUUCUUAUUAGGGCCAUUAACAGCAAGUAAACAAGUCCAAGGGUUUUUUUGUAGCCUUCGUUGUGGCAGGCGCAAAAUAUCAGGAGAGGGAGAAGGGUCAGGCGACAAAAAAUUCCCUCUUUUGUUUUUCCUCUUUCCCCAUCUACUUUAGAUGGAUGUGUGUUGGUUUACCAUGAUGUUAUGCAAUACAGCGGAAGGUCUAUUUGAAGCACUCCUAAAAACUAUUUAUAUCCCGUUCAGAUAUCUCACUUCAGGUGAACUUUGGUCGUCUCCAUUGUUUUAGGAAUCUUUUCGUCUGGCAAUUAUACGGCGAAACCGUGACUUUGAGCUACACCAUUGCCGGUCCGGUCGAGGACAAGGAGUAGCUGGCGGAGUCCUUCAUUGGAAAAAUCUAGGGGAAGUAUUGUCCUUAUGCCAAAAUUUUCAGGAGAGAUUAUCUUUGAGCAAUAAUUGCACUGCCUUGGUAAUAAAAUGUGAAGAAACACAGGUUGGAAGAGUGGAAAUGGUUAUCCAGAGAUUUUUGGGCUUUCUCGGGCGUUAGAGAAUUUUAGGCAAUAUUUGCUCCUUCGAAUGGUUGGUUGCCCCUGUUUGAAAAGCGAACACCAGUCCCAAUAGCUAUAAUUAGGAAAUAAUCUUUUAACUCUGAGCUUGUCUGAACUUGAAGAACUCAUCAGCUUCAGUAUUGAGGAAUAUUUUCAACAGGAAUUGUAUGUGAAAAAAAUGGAAAACGCUCUUAAAAUAAGUUGAAGGCAGCUCUUAUUUCAAUACUUCACGUUGGGAUCACCAUAUGACUUGCAAAUGUAUAUUAUGAACAUAGUAUUGCAAAACAUUUUUCAGGCUAUAAACGAUCUUGUCUUUUAUUGCAAAUUGCAGUUAAAAUCGCAGCAGAAGAAUCCUGUUUUCGAUGAGUAUUUUUUGUGAGCAUCCACAGACGUGAUCGAUCAUUUUUGGAUCUUCCCAGUAAAGUCUGAUAACUGUUAAUAAAGUACGCUGAAAAGAGCAUGCGGCUUAAAAACAGAUCAGUAAAAAUAAUAAAAAUCUAAAGAACGUUCAAUCAAAGCAAUGGGGGCAAUCGUGGAAAAAAGGGUCCUUUUGGUUGUUCGAAACAACAAUUGGUCUUUAUACGUAUAUUUAUUAACCUUAUCAUUUGGUUAUUGUCUGAUAAAAGUAUUGUCAUGUGCUGAGUCGUUGAAGCGGUUAAGUUAAAUACACAAAAACGAGUUUGGUUAAAUUGGUUCUAAAUUCUGCUGGAAUUUCUACUAUUUUAAUAAUAUUUAAUUCGUAUUGCGUCAAUAAAGUGGUAUACAUAUUUAUCAACUUCUGUAUAACUUAUCAAGAGAGACUGCAAUUAAAAGAGUGAGUAAGGCUAAUAGUAUUUAUUAGUUUAGUCAGUGACCUGCUCCCAGCACUUGCAGACUGCGGUAGUCUAUUUUAGAUCUUGACGACUCUGAGCAACUGAAGGCUUAAGUGGAGGUAUGCUCUUAUCGAAAUUUUUACUUCUGUGUGGGUGUUUUUGCUGUUGUUAAUUUAAAAGGUCAUGUGUUUCUGUUCCUUUUAUUAACGGCCUUCUCAAAACGGAGGAUUACGAAUACCAGGAAAAGGGCGAUUACAAAUUGUGCACUACAUUACAGAAACCACUGAUUUUGCAAAUUUUAUUGGCCCUGAGUAGAUUGCGGACUUCAGUGGAAGACUAGUCAGAUAUUAAAUGGGGCCUGUGAAGCAAAGAACUUUUCACCGAGUCCUAGAUUAAAGACGACCAGUUGCAAAGUUUGCAAGCAUUCAAUUCAUUUGGUUCCCGCCCAAAAAUUAUAUAAUCUACUGCCAAAGCAUUUGAGAGACUUGCUUGCCUUGUCCAGUCUUCGUAAUCUGGAGACUUAUAAUUAUAGUUCUUGAUAUUUGUCACUUUCUUUUUAUCAAUUACACAAUAUGCUACAAUACUAGUUUUAGAUUUGACGCCCUUACUGGUAUUUUUAAUAUAUAUGAACAUAAUGAUGUAAAUCAGUGGUCGUACUUUUUAAAUGUUUUUUAAAUUUGUUUUUUGUUAUUUAUUUAAUUUCUUUUUUUAUUUUCAAUUCAACGACUAACCGGCUCUGUUAAGUUUGACACUUAAGUAUGGGUAGCCAUGAUAAGAUGUAUUCAGAUUGAUGGCCAAGAAGCUUGAAGACAGUUUAAAAUGUGCAAUUAGUUUCCUUUCAUGUUUUUCACCUCUUUUCUCUUUUUUAAAGAAUUUUAUUUAACGCAGUUCUCCAGUACACAAGUCAACUUGAACACUCUAAUUGCUGAUUGCAAUUAAAUUCAAUUACCGCACUCAACAUAAGUGUAAAAUGCUAGGAGUGGUGCUAUGUAACUAUAAUGUUAGUAGUUUCAGUUAAUAAACGCUUCUUUCCCUUCUGUCAUCGUUCAAUUGAAAAGUUUUAAAAGACAGAUAAUAAUCGAUUAAUAAAGAUCAUGGUGAAAUAGUAAUUUGAACUGUUUAGAUUUAGACACUGCUGCCAUGAGACGUUUUUGUUAAAUGUUACGUUUUGUACACACAAAAUUUUCACCUCUGGCCCUUGUGAAACAUACAUCUAUGUGGGUGGAAAACAAUUGAAGAUGGCUUUUAUAACUGUCCGUGGACGUCAUGAAAACCAUAGCGCAACCAGGCUUAGCUGCGCUUAGGAUAUAGAGCUCAAACACCCGCUUUAACUCUAAAGGCAUCUCAGUAAGUGCUUGCUGAGAGCUGUGUUAAAAUAGUUUUGAAUGCGGAAAAACGGCUUUGCACAACGAAGACCUGAAUAGAAAAAAAUUUUAAUAAUAGAUUCGCGGGAUAACCGUUUAUUAUGGACUUCUGGAUUGUGGAAAAUUGUUUUUGGUUAUGAAAUUUCUGUCCGGGAGAGGGAGCUGUCAAUAGGAAGUUUACUAAACAGCCGCAGGGAGUUUGUUUGAUUUGGAUGAACUCGAACAGUUGGCGAAAAAGCGCAUGUUGUUAUACAUCGAUGUAUAACAAAAGCGUUUUUGUUACGCAGUGGAUCGAUAAAUACAAAUAGAGCACAAAGUGUUUCUAAAUAACUUUAAAUCUGACGGUCACAAGAAAAAUAUCUAAACAUGCUGGACCACAUGGGUUUAUUAGGAGUAGGCGGAAAAUAUGGUCUGAUGAAAAAGAUGGACCCCUAAAAUAAUGCUCUUGAAAUAAUUAGCUUUCUCGGUUAAUGAUAUCAUGAUAGCAGUCACCGGCGAUGGAUAUUAAUUGAUUUAGUGGAUGUAGUGAAAAUUCCAAUCAAUUUGCGUUUUUCUUUUCUUUCAUAUGCGUAGGAAAUGAAGAGCAUUUUCGUUUGGAGCUGCCUGAUGGCUGCUCUUACAGAACUUUGCUUGUCAGACAUAUACCUACAUGUUCCACACGGAUCAAACAAUCGACUGAAUGGUAACCAAGACAACGUCAGAAACGACGCCAGACUGUUUGAUUCACAGGUAGGACUGUUCUGAUCUUUGCUGCAUAUCUUUAAGCAUUCUCUCUUGCUUUAAGCACGUAGUAUGUUAUAUUUCGGAGUGGGAGAUUAUGUUCAUAUCCGACUGCUGCACGGACGGCCUCUCAAUACUCAGUAAUGCAAGAAAAAAAAACUGAAAAAGAAAAAUGGAAAGAAACGAAAGAGAAAAGUGAAGUACAUAUUUUUUCAGCUCAAAGAGUUGCAAAAAUCUCCUAAUUAUUGUUGUUUCGUGAGAGCUCUAAGUUUUCUCUCCGUAAAAUAAAGUCUAAAGCAGACAGAAGCUUAAAGGAAGUGUUUGUGUUUGUGUCAAGCCAGUCUGUGAGAUUGCCUUAGUCGUUCGCCCAAAGUAAUUUAUGACAUAUCCAAGACAGUCUUGGAUUUUGGAUUCCACUCCAUGGAUUCCGGAUUCCAGGUACUGGAUUCCUUAUUUUUUGUCAGUGGAACUUGGAUUAUGGAUUCCAAUCAUUAGUGGAUUCCUGAUUCCUUUAGCUGUAUUCCCGAUUCCAGAGGCCAGGAUUCCAGAUAUCACAAGCAAAACUUUCCCGGGGCCUUUUGCUAAGAGUUCCCAUACCAGCACAUGAAAAUUGUUAGAAAAAGAUAGGUAAUUCAGUGGGGGCAAACAAUAGAUCCUUUAUGUUCUUGGCUCAAUGCCUGUAAAUGUCCCUUACAGUUAUCGCGAAUAACGGCGGUCAUUUUAGGAUUUAGCGGCGUGAAGGGUGCCAAUCCUGAAAUUUUACCCCCAAACGUGUACGACGAACAACCCCGCUUAUUGGCUUUCGGCAAGAGAAAAUGAGGAAAGAGAGUGAAUCCAUGUGCCCAUGAUAAUUAUUUGAGAUCUAUUAUUAGUUCGACCCAAGUUCUGCGAAGGCCAUUGUUGUUUGUUAUUCCCCUGACCGUCGGAUCAACAUCACCAGACUCUUCUCACUACCGCUUUCUUCUCUGAUUGACGCCAGCCAGGAGGACCAUGUUUCCCGUCGUCGGGUACUCUCCCCAGAUUUUUCCAUGUAGAAAUCUUUUGACUAGUCGACGGAAGUGAUCGGACCCAAUUACCCAGAAACCGGUAAACAUCUAGUGAUACCAACUUCGCAGGUCAUUUUUCUUUCUUCCUGUGUGAUCGGUAGUGAAAUGUUUAAAAUAACGUGACGACAUUCUAACAACCAAUAAGCUGUCCUCCUUAAAAUAACCUCACAACAUGACACAGAACGAAGAGUAGGUUCCAAUAAUUUUCAUAGGAAGAGGACCCUUGUAAAACCUGACUCGCUGUUACUACCGAUGAACUAAUCAAGAAGGUCAAACAUUUUAGUGAAAGAUUACAACUGUGUCCUCACGCGAACGUACGAGGUUUCUCAUAUUUGUACACGUACGUAAAAACAAUAUAAACACCAUACCUUAAGGCGAUUAAAAACGCGGGUCGAUGUAUUAAAAGCAUUCUUUUCUCUUUUAUAGAAUAAUGGAAAGGCUGGGUACAAUGUUGGAGACAAGCUGGAUAGUAACCCAGGAGAUAACAUAUCUGAAAUCAGACAGCUGCCAAUGGUAAUUAUAACUAGAACUAGUAAUAACCAAAGGUUACGGAGUGCGGGCGACAACGAUCGAAGGUCAAAACGCUUUUGCUCCAGCGCUGUGCUUUGCGUAAGUUUCACGUGACAGACAGUCAAAACAGGCAUGAUCAGAUUGCGUUCAGUGCAUUCUAUACAUUCAAUAGUGGAAGUCCAAACGAAUGCUGGCUACAUACAUGCGACGCGUGCGUAAUAACAACCUGGAGAUUAGGAUUGCGGGCUCCUCUUGUCGCCCGCAAUUAAAUAAUAAAAAUGAUAAUAAUAAUAAUAAUAAUAAUAAUAAUAAUAAUAAUAGUAAUAAUAAUAGAGGCUCACACUAGAUUGAUUGAGAUAAGAACGGGUGGAUGGGUGUCUGGAUAUGACUGUUAAAAAGCUGGCCUGGUGUCUAGAUAUUAAGGAGCGUAAGCAAAGACGACGGCGACAGCAACGAAAAUGUCAAAAAGCGAUUAAACAACAACGCUCUUUUUUGUACAUUUAAUUUUGCCGUCGUUUCACGACUACGACGUGAAAGUGCUUAAUUUCACCUUUCAGAGGGGGCCUUCAAUCCUGGGGACCGAAUUGAAGUAUACUGACUUAACUAAGCCUUUGAGGACGUAAUUCUCGUUGAGCUUCGUUUUCCAUCAAAUCGUCGGUUUUUCAAGGAAAUAGUCGCAGAUCAAGAGUUAUUUUUUCUUGGUAACGAUACUAACGAGUUCGAGCAACCACAAGGAAGACAAAGAAAACAGACAUAGAUUUAAUAAGCAAAAUGACUCUAAACGCAAAACGUGCAGCACACUUUUUGGCGCAUUCCUUUGCCAUCAUCGCACGGUUAACGUUGUUAAACUUGAUCGCAAUAAUAUGCGAUCGUCGAUUUAAUCUCUGAGGUAAUCGUUUUAUCCGACUAAGCAACGUACCCUUACUGACUGUAAGUUGUCUAAAUCCAUUAUUUAUUACAAAUCAUACUAUUGAAUCAAGGGUUUUUGCAUUAGUUUGAGAGCAAUGUCUCAUAAACCUUUAUUUAUCAGGAGUUCUACAUGGGUGGAUGUCACGAAAAAGCCAAAACCGAGGUGGAAAUCAUGUGGACAAAUCAACAUGGAACCGGACCAAAAACCGACGACAGGGUGGAGUCACAAGUCAUCUUACAGUACAUGUGUCAACCGUAG